UUCAGUUUGCUCUGAUUUUCAAUCGCCUGGAGAGCUCCGACUGGUGUACUAUAUUGAAAACUUCUAAUUUUCGUUGAAAAUGUAUUUCAGCCGAGUCGAUCGUAACCACGACGAAGGAAUUGAGAUGUCAACCCUGAACUCUGGACAGGCUGGCAAGGCCAAGAAGUUGGCCACAAAUCCAUCCUGGCUGACUGUCUUGAAGAAUGUGCCACCGAAGCCGCAGAAAUCAAACCGUUUGUUCCAGCCAACAUUGGAGAACAAAGCCAAUCCGGUCUCUUUGAUGGUUGGACGCAAGGAUGUCAAGGAUGUCAAGGAUGUCAAGGAUGUCAAGGAUGCCAAGGUAGGAGUGGCAGUUGAAGAACCACAGCAAGGAAAAGCACUUGCCAAACGACCUGGAUCCAAACGCAAUGCCGUGCGUAAUGGUCGUGGUGGCAGGAUCCUAGAUCGCCAGUCCGGUUCGUAUCGCACCGGGGUGAAGGCGGUGGUCAAGCGCAAUGGGGGCGGGGCCCACAACUGGGGAUCGCCCAAGCAGGACAUCGAGAUGCGCAACGAGGUCGAUUGGAGUCCCUCUUCCAGUAAGACCAAGUCGGCCGGCAAGUCGCUGGACAUGGAGGAUUCGAUGGAGAAAAGAGAGCUGUUUACCCUAGACGAGUGGCGUGCCAUGCGUGCGGGUGCCCAGCAGAAGAAGAAGCCUCUUCAGGAGAAGGAGCAGGAGAAUGAAGAUGGUGGACCAGGACCAGGAGCACCGGGAACAGAGGCCACUGGACGCCGCUCUGGACGCCAGCAGCGCCUAGUCGACAUCCAGUUAAUUUUCUGUGACAAGCUCCAGGCCUCCUCCUCCAAACAGGGUCCCACUCUGAAGGUCGCCCAGGAUCCGAAGUUCUGCCCAAAGGUUGACGACGAGUUGCAGUUCCCGAAUCUUCGCUAAGCCAACACCUUUUCAAGUUGUCCAUUUCCGUACAACUUCGUAUUCCGCGUGAUUGGUUCUUAUAUUAAAAAGCCAUCAUAGUUCAAAA